UCGUACAUACACACCACACACCACCUCUAGUAUAGAUUCUAUAACCUCCUGAACUUACUCCGGAUUCGAAUCUUUUGAGGAAGCAUAUUCUACCGCUGAUUCCAAUUUUGCUUAAUACUUUCUAGUUUCUUUGGUUCUCACGUUUGCUGAGGGGCCCAAUUUUACUUUCGUCAAGAAUCCGUAGCUGAUUCUAGGAACUGAUUUGGUUACUUCUUUAUGGACAAUGUAGAAAACCAUCACCCUUAAACGGGCCUAUUGGGCCUUGGGCUGUAAGGUGUAUGGCAAUUUGGUGAUAAAAGCAGUCCGGAGAUCGAGAGCGAAUUUUCAUUUCUAAACGUUAAAGGAAAAAAAAAAGCCGCGAAAGCAACGAGCACCAAAGCAUUGGUAUUCUUGACUCUUGAGAAGAAUCUUGGAGAAUCUCCGUCAAUGGCGUGGACCCUCCGUCCAUUCACCGUGAUGUGCAUCGUAACCUUGCUGAUGAACGCCGUGAGCUGCAUUCCGAGCAUAGAGUUCGAUUCAAUGCUGGAGAGUCUACGGGAGCGAGGGUACGACCUCUUCUGCAACGCAAUCGUGACCUCUGAUCUGCAAUUCGACAUUUUUGCUUACGAGAAUCAGAGAAGGCAAGAAGAAGAAGAAGAAGAAGGAAACAGCACAAGAACUAACAGCAAUGCGCGCAACACCUUCACGUUUUUCGCGCCAACCGAUGCUUCCCUUUUUGCCCUCGAUAUGACGCAAACGGCGUCAUCUUACACAGAUACACUCCGAUUCCACGUCGUACCUCGCCGCCUCUCCGUCACCGAGCUCCGCCGCCUCCCUGAAGGCUACGGCCUCCCCACUCUCCUCUCCAAGCGCCGCCUCGAGGUCACCCGCAGCCCCGCCUAUGCCUUCGGCAUCUCCGUCGGCGGCGUUGAGAUCGCCUUCCCCGGCCUCUUUUACGGCCGAUACGUCGCCGUUCACGGCCUCUCCGGGAUCCUAAGCCUCCGAUCGAACGCUGUCUCUGGUGUUUCCUCUGUUCCCCCUUCUCCGCCGCCGGUGGUACCUCCUUCUCUGGAACGGGGGCCCGUGGGGGUUCCUCCGGUUGCUUCCGCCGGUCGCCGGUGGAGAAAUAAUCCUAACAGGCCGGACAAAAGAACGUUUCUUGCUCCUAAUUCUCCUCCUGCGCGUCCGGUGCCGAAGGGGAUUUCGUUCAACGUCACGGACCAGCGGCGACAUCAUCCUCCGGUUGAAGUUCCAGCGCCUGCACCCAACGCCGUCAGCAGGCGAGCUCCUCCGCCUACUUCUCCAGUAAUGGGAAGGAUUAAUGCUCCACUUCCCGGACCUGCAGCUGAUUCUCCUACGAGUCUUGAUAUUGCUCCCGUCAUGACGCCGGUGGCUGCGACUCCGAUAUAUCCACCGGAGGGGUUUUCAGACGCGCCGAUUGAAGAGAAACCUAGUGUUUCGGUUACGGAAAGUUGGGGUGGUGAAUUGGAAGGAGUAGUAGAAAUGCCGAAGAAUACGUUAUUAGACGAAAACAUCACCAGAAAUUGUGACUUAGAAGGGAGUGGUCCCAUGGAUAAUGCUGAUCAGCCUCGCAUCAUGCAGUGUUACGCUUCCUAGAAUCUUGCACAGAGUGAGUGACCUUCCAUGCAACUUUUGUGUUUCUUCUCUCUGUUUCUUUGUUUCUUUCCCUAGAAACAUUCAUUUUUGUAGCACUUACACUUGUAAAUUCCAGUGGUAGUUGUUUGUUAAGAUCAUCCCAACUGAAGAAAUAUGUUGUAAACUUGUAAUUGUGACAUGCUUGCUGUCAAUGAAUAAUCUU